AUGCAUUCUGAUGGAGUGUUCCAAUUGCAAUCAUGUCACUCUAAAGAAAUUGAAGAUUACGAAUUGUAAAACUGCAAAUUAUUUUAUGAAUAUAUUGGUUAAGAAUUGUUUUAAGAAUACUACGAAUACAAAUAGACUUAGUUGUGUGAGAAAGUUACUACUAUGACGUUCUCAACUUAAUUCUGUACUCAACUGACCAGAACUUUAACUUUGAGCAAUCAUUCAUUCAAAGAGAAAUUUUAAAGUGGAUUGAAAGACUAGGAGGAUGUUACUUAAAUUUGA